UACACUGGCGAAAUCACCUACUACGACCCCGGCAUGGGCUCGUGCGGGGAAUCGCACUCGAGUGACGAGAUGAUCGCCGCGGUGGCGUUCGGCGUGAUGAAGAACGGUGCGAACCCCAACGCGAACCCGUUGUGCGGGAAGACCAUCACCAUCAGCUACAAGGGAAAACAGACCAAGGCCAAGGUCGUGGAUACCUGCCCCGGCUGCACGGGCGCCGAUUUAGAUCUGAGCCCGAGCCUGUUCAAGGCCGUUGCCCCGAGUGGCGAUGGAAGGGUCGCUGGCGUCGAGUGGUGGUUCGACUAG